UAUUAUAGUCCAGCAAUCAAAACCCUUCUCUUCCGUAUCAAAACCGCGAUCUCAGUCCAGAGCUUUUUUAAUUUAAUAUCUUAAAAAAUGAGGAAACUUUCUCAAAGAUCAGAGAGAGUAAAAUCCGUAGAUCUCCAUCCAACAGAACCAUGGAUUCUAGCAAGUUUGUAUUCUGGAACUCUGUGUAUCUGGAACUACCAGUCACAGACCAUGGCUAAGUCAUUUGAGGUCACUGAGUUGCCAGUUAGGUCGGCCAAGUUUGUUGCUCGCAAACAAUGGGUUGUUGCUGGAGCUGAUGACAUGUUUAUUCGUGUAUAUAAUUACAACACAAUGGAUAAGGUCAAAGUUUUUGAGGCACAUACUGAUUACAUUAGAUGUGUGGCUGUCCAUCCUACUCGUCCAUAUAUAUUGUCAUCAUCUGAUGAUAUGCUCAUAAAACUCUGGGACUGGGAGAAGGAUUGGGUGUGUACUCAGAUAUUUGAGGGUCACUCUCAUUAUGUUAUGCAAGUGACUUUUAAUCCCAAAGACACUAACACUUUUGCCAGUGCAUCUCUAGACCGUACCAUAAAGAUUUGGAAUCUUGGCUCCCCCAACCCAAACUUUACUUUGGAUGCCCAUCAGAAAGGUGUAAAUUGUGUUGAUUAUUUUAGUGGUGGUGAUAAGCCCUAUCUAAUCACCGGUUCUGAUGAUAACACUGCUAAGGUAUGGGACUACCAAACCAAGAGUUGUGUUCAGACAUUGGAAGGUCACACACACAAUGUUUCUGCAGUUUGUUUCCAUCCUGACCUUCCAAUUAUCAUUACUGGUUCUGAGGACGGGACAGUUCGUAUCUGGCAUGCUACCACUUAUAGGCUUGAAAAUACACUGAAUUAUGGCCUUGAAAGAGUUUGGGCACUUGGAUCUAUGAAAGGUUCAAGGAGGAUUGUGAUUGGGUAUGACGAAGGAACUAUUAUGGUGAAAAUUGGUCGUGAAGUACCUGUAUCAAGCAUGGACGACAGUGGAAAAAUCAUAUGGGCUAAGCACAAUGAAAUUCAAACUGUGAAUAUUAAGAGUGUAGGGACAAAUAUUGAGGUUACUGAUGGAGAAAGGUUGCCCUUGACUGUUAAGGAAUUGGGGACUUGUGAUCUAUACCCUCAAAGCUUAAAGCAUAACCCAAAUGGGAGGUUUGUUGUUGUCUGUGGAGAUGGUGAGUAUAUCAUAUAUACAGCUUUGGCUUGGAGAAAUAGGUCAUUUGGUUCAGCAUUGGAAUUCAUUUGGUCACCUGAUGGAGAGUAUGCUGUUAGAGAGAGCACAUCUAAGAUUAAGAUUUUCAGCAAAAAUUUCCAGGAAAAGAGGAUUGUCCGGCCAACCUUCUCUGCAGAGCAUAUUUUUGGAGGCACUUUACUAGCAAUGUGCUCCAGUGAUUUUAUUUGUUUUUACGAUUGGGCUGAAUGCAGGAUGAUUCGUCGAAUUGAUGUUACUGUGAAAAAUCUAUACUGGGCUGAUAGUGGUGAUUUGGUGGCAAUUGCCGGCGAUACAUCUUUCUAUAUCCUUAAAUACAAUCGGGAUGUGGUUUAAUCUUACUUAGAUAGUGGAAGACAAGUUGAUGAACAAGGGGUUGAGGAUGCAUUUGAACUUCUUCAUGAAACCAAUGAACGGGUCAGGACUGGCAUAUGGGUUGGGGACUGUUUCAUUUACAACAACACUUCAUGGAGACUUAAUUACUGUGUUGGUGGAGAGGUGACCACAAUGUUUCAUUUGGAUCGUCCUAUCUACUUGUUGGGAUAUCUUGCAAGCCAAAGUCGGGUAUAUUUGAUAGACAAAGAGUUUAAUGUUAUGGGUUAUACAUUACUUCUCAGCCUGAUUGAGUACAAGACCCUUGUGAUGCAAGGAGACUUGGAAAGGGCCAAUGAAAUAUUACCUUCAAUUCCUAAGGAACACCAUAAUAGUGUGGCUCAGUUCCUGGAAUCACGAGGUAUGAUAGAGGAUGCUCUAGAAGUUGCUACUGACCCUGAUUACAGAUUUGAUCUUGCCAUGCAGCUUGGCAAACUAGAGAUUGCUAAGGAAAUAGCCACAGAAGCUCAGAGCGAGUCUAAAUGGAAGCAGUUGGGAGAAUUGGCUAUGUCAACUGGAAAGCUUGCAAUGGCUGAGGAAUGCAUGAAACAUGCGAUAGGCCUGAGUGGUUUAUUGCUGCUUUAUUCCUCUUUGGGAGAUGCCGAAGGAAUAUCAAGGCUAGCAUCCCUUUCUAAAGAGCAAGGGAAGAACAAUGUUGUUUUCCUUUGUUUAUUCAUGCUGGGUAAAUUGGAGGACUGCCUCCAACUUUUGGUGGAAAGCAAUCGGAUACCUGAGGCAGCUCUUAUGGCACGAUCUUAUCUUCCAAGCAAGGUUUCAGAGAUAGUGACUAUUUGGAGAAAAGACCUCAACAGGGUUAACCCAAAAGCUGCUGAAUCUUUGGCCAAUCCUCAAGUGUAUCCAGGCAUGUUUGAGAAUUGGAAAGUUGCUCUUGAUGUUGAAACUAGAGUGCGAGAGAAAAGGGGUGUUUAUCCUCCUGCAGCAGACUAUUUGAAACAUGCUGAUAGAUCAUGGCUGACACUUGUGGAGGCUCAUGAAAAUGGUGACCUUAAUCAUGUGGCUGCAGAACAAAAUGGAGAUGAUGGUAGCCAAGAGGAGGCUGUUGUUGUGGAUGCAUUUAGUGAGACUGCAGUACUUUUUAAUAGUAACGAGCCUGAAGAAGAGUGAGGUACGAAUAAAGAAGGAGCCCUGUGAACCCAAAAGCAAUUGGUUGACGCAGUGUAAAACCGAAACUUUUGUCUCUGCACUAUUCAUAACACCUACUGCCAGCUAAAUCCUGAAGAGUUUUCCAAACUUGUUUCUCUCAUGAGUCUUUGGAAUUAGUUCUUACAGCAGAUCACUAGGUUCCAGGAAGCCAUUUAAUCCGGGGGCCAUUCAGCUCGGAUUUAAGGUGAGAAACCAUUAUUAUAAUCAUUAUUAAUCUUUAAAGGAGAAAGCAGUAUCAGUCAUAUGGGUUAAAAUACACAUCACAACGUUUACAGCGAAUCUCUUAUCUCCUUGGAAUUCUCAUACUCGUGUCAUUAUUACUGUUCUUAAUUUGUUAUUAUUGAACUAUAGCAGAGUUUGAAUUAGAAGCUAGAAAGAUUUUACUGAGGGACUGAUUUAUCUUUGCAUUCCCGGUGAUUUGGAUCUGUCAAGCGCAUUGUUUGAACAUACAAGUGCUGAGUUAGCUUUCAAAGGACAAUUUUAUUACUUUCUCUUAACUUUUAGCAUAUUCUUUGGAGGCAUUAUCACAAUUGUUUUUUUUUUUUUUUUUUGAGGCGCGUGCCACUGUGAAUGUAGAAAGAAAACUGAGAAUUAGUGAUGAUUUUACCCAAUUCAGUCCACUUUUCUUGUUUUAAAUCUUA